AUGGGAAGCGGCCUACCCACACCUCCCUUGGAGGACCAAAAACCCAGAAAGAGCUCCUCCAGCUCCAAGUCUAUCAAGCCCAACCGCCAUACUGCCAAGCGCGCCAGCCCUCACAACGCGACACAACAUCACGAUCAUAGCCCUCAAGCUAUGUCUGCCGAUGGACGUCACAAGAGGUGCGACGGAGAAUUCCCCUGCAAAAGGUGUAAGGACGAUGGUCUCGUUUGCACCGCCGGCGUUCGCAAGAAGACGGAAUACAAGCAGCUGCCCAGAGGCUACGCCGAAGUUCUCGAGCACACCCAAUUCGCCCUCAUUGCCACCGUCCAUAAGUUGUACUCCAUGGUUAGGAACCAACAACAAUGGGACCUUGGUGAACCCGAGCUCAACGAUAGAGGACAGCCUGUCAUCCACAACAUUGCCCAGAAGCUUGGAUGCAUCCGCCCGAACAGCGAUAUCGACUUGCCAGUUCACUCGGUGUUCCCUGAGGACGAGGCGGGCUUGGCUGAGUUGGCGCGCCAACUGGAGGAACAGCAAAAGGAACGCGAUGUUGAGAAGGCCAUGAAGGUCGAGGUCGAUUCUAACUCAAGUUGCGAGCGUUCAGACCGCGCAAGCUCUUCCGACAUUGAUCACUCGGAAUUCGAGGCCGACUACCGCAAAGCUGUCUUUGGCGGCCACAACAACCCCAUGACCAUGUCUCCGCAAAGCUUCUCUACCGGAUACACUGAGUUCGACGUAGACUCGGUUGCCUCGCCCAUCGAUCCCACCGCCGCCAUGUUUCAGCAAAAUCAGUCCCCGCCCAUGAACGCUUACCAACAAUGGAAUAUGCCCAGACAAUCAGCACCCUCUUCAAUGGAUCUCGCUCAGCAAUUCUUCCAACAUCCCGGCGCUCUCACCAACAUGGACAUGCUUAACCAAGGCCUGAUCGAGUCAGAAUUCGGCACCAUCAAGCCUCACGUUCUUAACUGUCCGAAUCCGGAAGUGAUGAUGGGAAUGGGCGACCCGAUGAUCUACGGGGGCUAUGACGGCGAGCCAAUGCGACUGUAA